AUGAUGUUGGUGCCCCAUUUGAUACAUUCUUUCAGGUCAUUAACUGACAGGUUUCGUGCACUGUUCACACUGAGAAAUCUUGGUGGACAUGAGGCCAUUGACUGUAUUUCAAAGUGUAAGUUGGACAAAGGCGCUUUCUAGAUAAUAUACUACAAAAGAUACAUUCCUUGUGAAAUCCAGAUGAAAAAACAUGUAGAGAACAGUUGUGAUUUGAAUGAAGGUGCUUAGAAGUUUACAUUUAAAACUUCUUUGUUUCCCUUCCUUCCAUCUUUUCUUCCCUCUCUCCCUCCCCCCUCACAUUCUUUCUCUCUCUCCCACUUUUCCUCCCUCCCCUUCCGAGAGCUCAGGGGUUUGACAGGUUGUUAUUUACCCAAGAAAUGAGUUUUUUGAUUACAUAAACAUUGUGAGUUUAACUAUUUAACUUCUUUUCAAAGUUUCUUCAUCUGUAAGUCCCAUACAAUUCUUGGUGAUACUUAUUGCCUCCUUUUUUUAGGUUUUGAUGAUCCAUCAGCUUUAUUAAAACAUGAGUUAGCAUAUUGUCUGGGACAAAUGCAGGUAUAUCUCAUCUGUGCACUAGAGUUCAAUAAUAAUAAUUAUUAUUUACAUUGUAUAUUAAUAAUUAUUGAUUGUUAUUAAUCCCUUUCCCCACUGGACUAAACAGGAACAGUCAAUUCUUUAUUAUUAUUAUUUUAAGUAUUUGAUCAUUACGAACUUCACAAUCAUCAAGUGUUGACAAAAUCUUGUCUUGUUCAAAGUGUUCCAUGUAUAGUUUUCCUUAGUUGGUACAGUAAAUGUUUUUUGUUGUUAACAGUCACUGUUCUUGUGUAAAUAACUCUUCAUGUCUUAUCUUUGUUAGGAUGAGUAUGCCAUUCCCGCAUUAGUGAGGUAAUGUGCUUUCUAAAAGUCUUUUUUGUGCCUGGGGAUUUUCAUGACUACUCCAGUUGAUAGAAAUGCAACUCCCCACCUAUAAUUUAUUAUUACAGGUCCAGGAACAUGUACAUGACUCCGUGUACUUCAAAGCGUUAAUGCAGGGUUCUCAAUAGAAGGCGGCACCCGGCGAUUGAUCGCCGCUUACUUUGGGAUUUAUAGCCGCUUAAUUUGUGUUUAAGUCGCUUUUCUUUGCUUUGUUUUGACACCUCUGGCUUUGCUGAAGAGCCUCCUACUUUAUCAGAGAUCACCUCCUAUUUAAAAAUCUGUUGAGAACCCUGGUUAAUGUCAGUGCUGCUUUUCCUCUAGUAGUUUUCCAGCACGCAUGUGAAUUUCAAUUAUUUUCAUUGACUGCACCCAUGUCUGAAAUACAGUUACAGUCUGUCUUUGGACUCAGUCUUUGUAAUUUUCACUGUCGUUAUUAUUGUUGUUGCAUUUUUUUGUAAACUUUUAAGAUGCAAGUAUUAAAUUUGUUUUACCAUUUAGCGUUCUUAAAGACAAAACUCAGGAACCCAUGGUGCGACAUGAGGUAAUGUAAGAUUUCUUGAAUUUCCUGAAUGUGUAGCAGUUGCUAUAUUAUAGUUGAUUGUAUAGCCUUGUAGUUAUGAUUUAUUAUAGGUCACUGUUAUCUGAUUUCAAGAAGGUUUCUGUGUUUUAUCACUUGGACUGUUGUACUGAAUGUGCAUUAUAGUUCAGAUUAUUGCAUUUUGAUUAUAAUGUUAUUGUAAUAUUCAGGCAGGAGAGGCACUUGGUGCUAUUGGUUCUUCUGAGGUGCUUGAUGUCUUAAGAGAAUAUGCAAAAGAUCCCCAGACAGAGGUGCAAAGUAAAACUGUAAAAAGUUGUAAUUGAAGAGCACAGUGGAAAAAUGGCUUUGGUGACAAAUUUUAUUGAAAAUAAAUUAAAAGUUGCUCAAACACUUGAAAAGUUUCAUGUGCAGGCUCUUUUUGCAAAUAUAAUAAAUCUUAUAAGGCAAAAUUAAAAAAAGGGCAUUUUUCCACUGGAAUUUUUAUUUGAAGUCAAAUACCUUAACAGUCAUCAUGUACAUUAGACAUGUAUCAGGCAUAUUUGUCAUCCAUUUUAAAAAUUUCUUUUACAGGAUAAAAUUCAAUAUUGUGUCUGCUCAUCAAAGUAAUUAAAACAGGUCCUGAACACAUUAUGAUACAACUUGACUGAGUAAGCUUGGUUUGUCAUCCUGCUGGUAAUGCUCUAAAUAUCCAGGUUUCUUCUUAAUAACAGGUUGCAGAAACAUGUGAACUUGCAGUACAGAGAAUAGAGUGGCUGAAAGAACAAAGUUCCCAAGAAAGUGAAAGCCUGAGGUUAAUUAUAUUCCUUCUAAAAACUGACAGAUAGAUAACAAAUAAUUAUAUGCUCAAUAAUAUUUUUUUCCUUGCUGAAAAGGAACAGGAGAGUUAAACCAAAAUUAAUGAUAUUGUUGGUAAACCUUUGCUCACUGAUUGUCAAUCAUCCCUUCGUAGAAAUUAUACUCCCUUAAAUGCAAAACUUGCAGUUCCCAUUUGCCAAAUAUUUAAGUGCACGCAUGUCUCUUGUUUUCUUCAGUGAAAAUUGUGACACUAAAAGUUCAAGUCCCUUGUCAAUAGAAUAUUACAUGUACAUACCCAUGCAGGAAGAAGAGGAUGGUGUGAGAGACUAUGCUGGGGGAUAACAUUUCCUUAUCUCCUCAGAUUUAGCCUUCUUUAGUCAAGAUGCAUGGAACAGGUUCAGCUGUAUCUGGAGAAUUUUUCUCAGUCAUACGUGUACCAUCUCUCACUUUGACCACAUUUUCAAAAUACUGAGAUGCAGUCGUAGUCUUUCAUCUGGGUUCAGGCAUCUUCAAAGUCUAAAAAUUUGGACAUAAAAAUAAUGUCAAGCCCUGUAAGGGCUAGGUCCUUGCAGAGUGCCUUAAUAUUUGAUUGGUGCUUAAUCUACUGGCACACCCUUUAACUUCAUAAUGUAAUAUUAUUAUCUCUCUUUAUAGUGCAAACCCAUAUAAGUCAGUUGAUCCUGCCCCACCUUCCACUGUACAGGACACAUGGAUGUUAAAGAACACACUGCUUGAUGAAUCACGUCCGCUGUUUGAAAGAUACAGGUAUUGCACAAUAUGUGGUUAGCUAGAAUUAAUUUUACUAAGGUUUAACUGUUAACACCUUUUCUCAAUAGAUACAGAGAAAAGGUGCAACCUGGUAAAAACGACAUUUUUUUCACUUAGGUUCAUCAAUGCUGGCAGGGUCACCACAACCCAAGUGGCACCAAUAAUGGCAGGUCCAUCACAGUCCCUAGCCCCGUGAGACUACAUCCCUUACUCUGUAUGAACAGUGUGUGGGUUCUCUAAUGUCCCACAAAAUUUAUAUGACUGCAAGGGUUGUGAGAGGGUGCCUAUACGGUUUAUCGUCCUUAUCCGAGAAGGCUGGAAAGUCUAAUAACUGUUUGCAGAUGUCUUUACGAAGGCGGCAGUUUCUUCUCAGUUAUUUUAAGACCCUGAGUGUUGAUCCAGGUGGAGUUUGAACCAUCCCGCGUGGCAGACUGGCCCUUAUCCAGCUAAGCUAAGCAGGCAGGGGUCGUCAACUUGUGAGCAUGUCAAGAUGUUCCUAUUUUGGAAUUCACAUUUCGUUUAUUAAAUUACCACCCCUAGUACUACAUCCAAAUAAUAUUGAUGGCAUGUUGCUGUGUAUAUACAGUGGAAAAAUUAUUGAAUGUAAUGUUUAAAAUGUUACUGUUUUGCUCCAGGUUACAGGUUAUACAUGUAAGUUCUUUCUUGCAUCUAGGUCUCAUCCCUUUUUUGACUCAUUCUUUCAACUAUAGGGCAAUGUUUUCAUUACGUAAUGAGGGAGAUGAAAAAUCAGUGUUGGUAAGUUGAUUACGACUUCUAAUUCAAUUCACACUUAAUUGAUAUUUUUGAUACUCCCUUGAAGUCUUGUAAGGAUAGAUAUAUAACAUUACUCCUGGGCCAAGUUUUUCAAAGUUGGGUUAGAAACAUUUUAACCAAGGGUUAGUGCAAAAUUCAAAUCUAUAGUUAAAGCUAAACAGGCAACUUCAGUUGAAUUAUCUUCGUGUACAAUUUAAUGAUUUGAUGCUCUAUAACAAUAAAAUAAAUUUUAUUUCACCGGUAUCCAAGGAAAUUUUCUUGAAGAGCUGAAGAAGAAACCUGGGUUAUUGCCAAUUGGCCUUUGAACAGUAAUGGGCCCAGGUGUUUAUUAGUGGCUAAUCCAGACCUUAAUUUCAGAUCCAUUUAAAGGGAGGGGGGACACUCUCUGGCCAGUACAAAGUUGUUGGAGCCUCAGCUCUGUGCCAUGGCCCUUUGUUUUGUUGCAAAUAUGAGGGGGGUGGGGAUAAGUCCCCCAUCCCUGCCCUUAGAUCUGCCACUGAUAGUUAAACUGUACAUGAUACAGUGUAAGUGUAAAAAUAAACUUUAAUUUGAAUUUGACAGGCCUUAGCAGAAGGACUUAAGUGUAGCAGUGCAUUAUUCAGACAUGAGAUUGGUGCGUUACUGUUGUUUGUUUGCUGUACAUGUAGCUACUGUAAUAAGCUCAUAUGAUUGGAUUUCACAGAUGAGUAAGCCCAGUGUCUCUUUUGAGGAAACAAGCCCUAGCUGCUAGUAAUAUAAAUGAAAUGUAAUUUUGAAAUAAUUAUUUUUCAAACCAUUUUGACGUCACAAAACUGGAAAACCAAAUGUCUUAUUAUUUCUGAAAGUGCACAUGAGAGUGCUUAGACAGCUUAGUAGUGGAGAAAAUCUUAACCUUCUGUUAAAUUUGAACAAUAUCUUAAUGAGAAUUUUUCGUACAUGUAUACAGUGUACAAAUCUUUGCUCAAGUUGUUGUCAGCAUCAACUAGUUGUCUAACUUUUUACAUAGCAUAUGUCCUAGGACAGAUUCAGCAUGAGGCAGCCAUUCCACAGCUUAUAGAGGUACUUUAUGUCAAAAAUGCCGGUAUUAUGUAACCGUGUCCUAGAUUUUAUCAAUUUUAUGUACGGAAAUUUAUCAGGUUUAACCCUUUAGCUCCCAAGAGUGACCAACAUCAAUUUUCAUGGUGUACCCCAGCCAUGUCCCCCUCUUUUAAAAACUGCCCUCUCACCACUUUCAUGUCCAAAAAUAAAAUAGUGCCAACUUGAGAAUUAUGGUGCUUUUUGCCUUCAUUAGUAAAUGAUAUUCUCCUUAUGCUGUUAUUUGCCUAUAAAAAAUGAUAAGAAUAUAAAUUUAUUUGGUAUCUAUUUGAUAAUUUAGAAUCUUCAAGAUUUGAAAGAAAACCCAAUGGUGCGCCAUGAAUGUGCAGAGGCUCUUGGUUCCAUAGCUAAGGUUAGUAUUUCCAAUUUUCUAGGGAUUUUGCUGCAUAAUUAAGGCUGGUUCACUAGAGAUAGUGUGCAGACAGAGGCGUAUGAAGAUGGAGUGGGGACCGUGUCAUAUAAAUAGUGCCUAUAAAAGUGAUACUUUAAAUCAAAUUUGUAUAGGCAUCAAAUUUUCUGAUGUUUCUUAUAAAAUUUUUGGUAGGUUGUGAUCUAGUGAAUACCAGAGUCACCUUAUUAGUAGAAGCAGAAGAGAAAAACCAUUCCCUGGUUUAAAAAUUCGAGCCGAAGACCUAAAAAAAUAUAUUUGAGACUCUGUGAAGCAAAAUCACCCAAAAACGAGACUUCAUAACUUAUCACAAGUGCUUCCAAGAUUUUGAGAUAGGCGCUAAAAUUUUAUGGACCCAUGUUUUUCGAGAAACCAUUCUAAACCCCUUUUAUUACAUGUAUUCCUUUUUGCUGAUCACCAUCUAAUAUAAACUUGUAUAAUUUAUAUUUGUUUCCAGGAUCAAUGCUUAACUGCACUGGAGAAAUAUUCAAAAGAUCAAGAAAGGGUUGUCAAGGUACACUUUUGUAGUUUAUUAACAAAAGGGAUUCUGUAGACUGCCGCUUAUAAGCCCUGGGCUUAUAUCUUAGCUUUUACCCUUUAAGCCCCAAUAUCCACAUACAAAAUUUCUCCAAACUGAUCUCCAUACUUCUCCUUUAACAAUUAGUUGAGAGAAUUUGAUAAAACAUCAAAGCAUUUUCCCUUAGGUGAUCAUUUUUUUUAAUUCUCACAACCUAAUCUCUUGACAUUGUAUGAAUAUUGUUAGGAGAAAAUUGUUGUUGAUCACUAUUGGGACUUAAUAAAGGGUUAAGCAGAGGGGCUUUGAUUAAUAUUGAAGGGGGCUUUUAACCAGACUAGCAAAAGCGCUUUAAUUACAACAAACAAGCUAUGGCAUGUGCUGAUCAAAAUAUGUUUUAUAUUUUAAUACUGGGUUUUAAUUAGGCUUAAAAACAUCAUGAUAACAGAUACAUUUCAAUACAAGCUUAUCUAGAGUGAGGCUUAUGUCCAUGGGGGAUAUUAGGCCCCCUCUAGAAUUUUUUUUCAUUUCGUUUACGGGUAAAUGGGAUGAUAACUUCAGGGGGUGAGGGGCUUAUUAUAUAAGCUGAAGUUUACAAUAUUUGAGCUCCCUUAAUGUGUAAUUGUGGGUGGAAAGAGUUAUUUCUCCUCACAUAGUAUAUAAUAUGCAAAUCCUUUUCAUUUCCGGCUGCUAUUUCAAUUUCUACUUUUGAGUUUAUACAGCUGAAAAUUUGCCGGUUUAUACUUAAUUUUUUCUUGCUAAAAUUGCAGUAGGAUGAUCAUGUGACCAACUAAUUCAAAAAGCCAAGAAGGGGGAUGACUGCUUGUCUCUCCCUCUAAUAAUAUUGAACAAAAAAAGUAUUGCAGUUUAGAGGCACUUACAAGUGGAAAUCCCACAGCUAAUGGGAAAUUGUAUUUUAUUGCAGGAGAGCUGUGUUGUCGCACUUGAUAUGUAUAAAUACGAGCAGAGUAAUGAGUUUCAGUAUGCAGACUCACUCGUCAAGCUUCAAGAAAAAUGACAGGCAGUUGCUAUGACAACCUGGACCUACAGCACUGAAAAAUGCAAAUCACUCAAUGACAUUUCUUGGAUAGGCCAUUUAUAUAUGAGAGUUCCAAAAACUCUCACUUUCGAAAUGAGACUAUGUGCAAGCCUUUCAGUUGAAGAUGAGUUUUAUGUGCAUGAAAUAAUUUUAAAAAAAGAUUAUCAUAACAAUGGUUUUACAUUUAGCCUCACUUUGAAACAGAAUCUUGGGGUAACUCACACCAGAAAUGGCCUAUUGGCAAAUGGGGUGGUGCACUUUCAUGAGGAGACAGAUUAGAUAAAGGAGCACAUCCAAUGGCCCCUGGUACCUAACUGGGAGACUAGAAAUUCUUUUUUUCAUAGAAAUCAUAUGCUGGGCACCCUAGAUUUCACAUGUUCAGAGCACUGGGCUUCCUUCAAUUUUUCUCGGAAAAAAGCGUGUGCAGAGCAUGAAAAGCACUGUUUUUUAUUAUCUUUCUUUUUAAGUAUCAUUGAAUCCCAGGGGAGGGGAGUACUUCCUAGAAUUGGGCAAAAACAGCACAAUUGCUUUACAAAUUUAAAAGCAAAAUUGCCUCUUUGCCUUCUGCUGGAUCGCUAAAAACUUGCUAUGUGGUGUAAAUCUUUACGUAAUAAAUUAUUCUCUGAAAUUUUUGUAACUAUUGUGAACACCAUGUUGCUUCUAUUUUUUGUAAUAUGUGUUAGCCUACACCCAGUUUGGAAAUCAGCUUUUGUUGUGUGUGGCUAGUGCAGUGAAAUGAGAAAACAAAUGUGUCGUUUCAGUUAAAAGGCUUUAUAGGGAAGAUGCAUACACAGAAAUUGACUCAGUUGGGAUUGCAAAAAAAUUACAUUUGCCUAAAAGCAACUAAGAUGGGAUCUAUAAUAAAUUUCUAUUGACCACAGAACAGACUAUAAUGGGGUAGGGGUUCUGAGAGGCCAGCAUCAUGAAAAAAUUGACCCAUGUAACCCUAAGGAAGAAACAUGCCACUUUAUAACCACAACCUUUAUUGAAUUCUUGAAAAUAAAAUAUAAUUAUGUUUAAUUAACUUUCACUUGAAUGUAAUCCUUAGUGUACAGUGUUUUCUUUACAAUACUGUACAUGUAGGUCACAUUUUAUGCCCUUGCAUUGUCAAUAAAUUUGCUUCAGUACUUUCUUUUUUGAUACAUGACUGUUGCCUUGGUAAGAAUUUUAUCUGGCUACAGGCCAGGGCCCAGUUCCUAAAGGCUGACUAGCACUUAUUCAGGAUUAAGAUUUUGUUCCACUUUUUGUAGUUACCUUGACCUGGCCUGACUGUAGAUAUUAUUACAUUGUAUCAGUUUGUAAAGCAUUUGGAAAAUUAAUUUUGAUAUUGUGUCAAAGGUCACUUAGUGCCUCAAUGAGGCUAUGUCAUGGAGAGUUCAACGUUUUUUGGUUAAAGCUGAACUGAAAAUAACUGAGAGAUUUGACUGUAUACAUGUAUGUGGGAAGGCCUUACCCCUUUUUGACACACACAAUGUUGGAAGUCUUUAGGGAACUUUUUUCUUUGUCACUCUAACAUGGUUGUAAAGUUAUUGUACAUUGUGCAUCAUCAAUGCCAAAAACACGUACAUUAUGAGAAGGAAGUUUGUGCUUAGUAAGGAUUUAAAGUACAGGGCCCAGUUCCUGGAAAGAUGGUUAAGUUUAACCCAGGAUUGAGCAAAAUUUUAAGCGCAGUUUUCUUGCUAAGAGCAUAUAACUCAAGCUUACAAAAUACUGUUGAGCCUUUACUCUGAGAUACAGUAAUGAUUUUUAUACACAAAAUGUUCUUCUUAGCAAUGUAUAGGAA